GGAAGAGGAGCAGGUGCUAACGGAUGGAGGAACUUCCGCAGAAGCCAUGCAGGUUCCUUUGGAGGAAGAAGGAGAGAUGGAAGAAGACGAGACGGUGAACGACGAAAAUUACUUAAGCAAGAGGCCCUUAGAAAGUCCCGAAUCCGAGGAACUGCCGGCGGCCAAGCGACCCAAACUAACCAACACAAAAGGAGAAACACAGCUCGACGUCACCCCAGAGCCCCGCGAGCCUCUUAGUUUGAUCAAUGCCCAGAAGGUGCCGCCAAUGCUUUCCCCGGUUUGCGUUCAAGAGGGUGGUGAUCAGGUACCGACUUCCCCAGAGCCACCUGUCCUGGCUCCGGUGGCAAAGCCCCAGCUGCCUGUUCCCAAACCCUCUGAAUCCAAAGCACUUCUUCCUAAACCCAAGGCGAAAACAGUCUCUCCGGUGCAGAAGACCAAAACGCCCAAGGUUUCCCCAUCUCCGGCGGUUAUGGGCAGCCCCCUUCGCUCGCCCAAAAUUGGAACUAAGGAGAAAAAAUCUCCUGGCAGGGCCAAGAGCCCCCGAAGCCCGAAAAGUCCAAAACUUCCACUCCACGUCGUCCCUCAAAUCACCAUUAAGCAGGAGAUCCCGAUGAAAACCCCCUUAGUGGUAUUGAGCGAAAAGAUGGGGAAAGAGACUAUCCAGGUGAAGCAAGUGCCGACGAUAUCAGCGGAACCUGCCAAAGCCACGGGGGAGAACCCGGCAAAGAAAUUAACAGUGACGGACAAGACAAUCGACGAUUCGAUUGAUGCGGUCAUUGCCCGGGCGUGUGCCGAACGCGAUCCGGAUCCGUUUGAGUUUUCCUCCGGGUCUGAAUCCGAAGAAGAUGUUUUCACAAGCCCCAAAAGACUUUCUGUGUCUGAGCCUCCCAUCCCUAAAGCUUCCCUUUCGGCGAACAGCAGCUUCAAUAAAGUGGGAAUCACCCCACUUCCUCCUUCUGGCGGAACCUCAAGUUCGGACAUUUCGUGGACGAUGGAUGAUUCGAUUGACGAGGUGAUUCGGAAAGCCAACCUGGGCCCUCAUGCGAAUUUACCAGCCAGCUUCCCCUACUUCUCGUCUCCAUCGGCUUCUCCGCCCACGCCGGAACCUCUGCUCAAAAUCUAUGAGGAGAAGACGAAACAGGCGGCCUCAGUGGAGGUGAAGAAGAAGCUGAAGAAGGAGCUGAGGACCAAAAUGAAGAAGAAAGAAAAGCAGAAAGAUAAGGAGAAGAGCAAAGAGAAGAACAAAGACAAGGAGAAGAACAAGGAGAAGGACCGAGACAAGGAAGGAGGCCGAGAAGCCAAGUUCCCAUGGAAGGACCUGCUUCGAGGAGAAGACGACCUGGAUUCUUUCAAGUUCAAAAUGUCGUCCUUUGAGGACGACACCAAAGUCAAGAUCAAAGAACCCGGGUCCAAAAAAGAACGCGAGAAACACAAAGAUAAGAAAAAGGAGAAAGAGAAAGGCAAAAAGGACAGGGAGAAGAAAGACAAGGAGAAAAUAAAAGAUAAAACUAAGGACAAGGCUAAAGGUUUGUCAGUCCCACUGGUCCUCCCUCCCAAGGACCUGCCCCUUCCGUUGUACUGCACCCCAGCCGCCAUGAAGCUCCCCUCGUUGCUGCAGGCCCCCUCUGCGGUCCUUCCCGAGAAGCUGUUUGAGGAGAAGGAGAAACCCAAAGACAAGAAAAAGGACAAAAAAGAGAAGAAGAAGAAGAAAGAGCGGGAGAAGGACAAAGAGAAGGAGAAAAGGGAGAAGGAGAAAGAGAAAGAGAAGAAGGAACGGGAGAAGAAGGAGAAGGAGAAAGAGAAACACAAGCAUGAAAAACAGAUCAAAAUCGAGCCUGUUAUACCUGCCCCAUCUCCUGUGAUACCCCGGCUGACGCUGCGAGUGGGUGGUCAGGACAAAAUUGUCAUCAGCAAAGUGAUGCCCACAACGGAGCCUAAACCGUUACCUCUCCUGGUUCGACCCAAAACACCGCCUCCGCCUUCCCCAGCACCAGCUCCUGUCCAUGUCACCCCUCCACCUCCUCCUCCUUCGGUGGUCCCCACGAUCCCUCCAGUUGCCCUUGCUCCAGUUCUGUUACCACCGUCGUCUCCUGCACCAUCCGCCAUGGGAAGCUCCAAGGUCCCCGUUCGAAGCGUUGUGACAGAGACCGUCCGUAAUUACGUGAUCCGAGAUGAGUGGGGGAACAAGAUAUGGUUCUGUCCCGGUUGUGAAAAGCCAGACGAUGGCAGCCCGAUGAUUGGGUGUGACGACUGUGACGAUUGGUAUCACUGGCCCUGCGUUGGCAUCACGGCUGCUCCCCCGGAAGAGAUACAGUGGUUCUGCUCCAGGUGCGCAAGCAAAAAGAAGGACAAAAAACACAAAAAGGGGAAACACAAAGCACACUGAGGUUGUGGAGAAUAGUCAGCGUUCCUGCUCCCGGCCAAGUCCUCUUCCAGAGGGAUUUGGUCCAGCUUCUGCUGCCCUCUCCGUUGCCAUCACAUCUCUGAGGAUUUUGAUUUUGGGAAGAAUCGCAAAGAUGCACAUCCUUACACACAAAUUCUCUCCCUCAGCUUCCGUCUCUCUCUCUCUCUCUCUCUCUCUCUCUCUUUCCUCCUGCACCAAGUGCGACAGGCACAAAUUGAGAAUUUAACGGACUCGCCAGCCAGAAGAACAAUCAACCGAGCAGCAGAGGCCUUUGUAAAUAAUUGCCACCUUCUCCAAAGUUUGUGGGUUGUUUUUUUUCCUGGUUUAAAGUAGCAGGAAAGACUAAUUAUGAUCCUUUUGAAGCCCCUGGAGUGAUUUCCACAGCCCAGUCUGGCCUCUUCCUUGCAAAGCCAGAAAAUUAGAUGUGACUCCAGGAUGGAGUAAAUGGUUGGUAGAUUUUUUUUUUUCCAAUGGGAGUAUGUGAAACUUUAAUCUUGUUUUUUCUUCCUCCCGUUUUUUUUUUUUCAACAAUCUAAAUAAAACUGCCU